UAGUUUUUGUUUUACAAGCGACUUGUUCGAAUUGAUUUGAUUAACUUCACAAUACAAACACCCGUAAUUCGUGGUUGUGCCCAUUGUGUUGUUAUUCCUUUUGGUGUUUUUGAAAAGUUUCCUAGACUUUUUCUAAUUUAUUUCAAGCACUCGAUGCAAACUGUCAGUCAAACGCAUUGAACCAACAAAGUGGCUUACGUAUUGCAGACCAUCAAACUAUAGAAAGAUAUUACAGUUGUGAGGGGAGUAAAGUGCAUCCAAUACGAAAAGAGACAAAAUCCACUAAAAAAAACUAUUCUCUAUAAAAAUUGCAUCACGUGAGCAUUACGUGAACGUCAGAGAAUAGCAUACGGAUAAUUGCAAUCUAGUAAUUUUUGUAAAUUCAAUCAGUGGAGUUAGUUUUACUCCGUGCCACUCCAUCCAACCACCCCAACGCAAACAACGUAAAUUUACAUAUUUUUAUAUUGUGGAAUUUAUCCACAAUAUCAACAAAACAAACACAAUAAAAACAACAACCACGUCGCAACACGAAAUGAACAACCUGCCCGACACUCCUGUGCCCGAUCCAGGAUCAAGUGGAGAUAAACAAGAAGUGGCCACAACUGCACCCAAUAAGUCUAGUGCACUGAAAAAGACCAGUCGUUAUCGUAGUCGCUCUCUAUCGGCUUCCUCUACGGAUUCCUUUAGCUCUGCCUCAUAUACUGGUAGUAGUUCGGAUGAUGGUGACGAUGUGCCGCCACGCGAAAAAGUCCAAAAGAAUACCAAAGGCAAUUCGGACUUUUGUGUGCGUAACAUUGCCGGUCAACAUGCGUUUGGCCGGCGUGAAAUCGAAAUAGCCGAACAAGAGAUGCCGGGUAUAAUGGCACUCAGGAAACGCGCUGCCGACGAUAAACCGCUAAAAGAUGCGAAAAUCGUCGGUUGUACGCACAUCAAUGCGCAAACUGCAGUGCUCAUUGAGACUCUAGUAGAGUUGGGUGCAUCGGUGCGUUGGGCUGCAUGCAAUAUAUACUCGACGCAGAACGAAGUUGCGGCCGCAUUGGCAGAGGCAGACAUACCCAUCUUUGCAUGGCGCGGCGAGACGGAAGAGGAUUUCUGGUGGUGCAUCGAUCGUUGUGUGAAUGCGGAGAGCUGGCAGCCGAAUAUGAUAUUGGAUGAUGGCGGCGAUGCGACACAUUUGAUGCUGAAGAAAUACCCCACAAUGUUCAAGCUCGUGAAGGGUAUUGUGGAGGAGAGUGUGACCGGUGUGCAUCGCUUGUAUCAAUUGUCGAAAGCUGGUAAACUAACGGUGCCUGCAAUGAAUGUCAACGAUUCGGUGACAAAGACCAAGUUCGACAACCUCUACAGCUGCAAAGAGUCGAUACUCGACAGCUUGAAACGCUCAACGGACGUUAUGUUCGGCGGCAAGCAGGUAGUGGUUUGCGGUUACGGUGAUGUCGGCAAGGGCUGUGCACAGGCAUUAAAGGGUCAAGGCUGCAUUGUAUAUAUAACCGAGAUUGAUCCGAUUUGUGCACUGCAGGCCAGCAUGGAUGGCUUCCGCGUGGUCAAGCUGAACGAGGUGAUACGCAAUGUGGACAUUGUGGUCACGGCGACCGGAAAUAAAAAUGUCGUCGUACGCGAACAUAUGGAUAAAAUGAAGAGCGGUUGUAUUAUCUGCAACAUGGGUCACUCCAAUACCGAAAUCGAUGUGAACGGUCUACGUACACCGGAUUUGACGUGGGAGAAGGUACGCUCUCAGGUCGAUCAUAUUAUCUGGCCCGAGGGCAAGUACAUCAUACUUUUAGCCGAGGGACGUCUCGUCAAUUUGUCAUGCUCCAGCAUACCGUCGUUCGCUGUGUCAAUUACUUCGGCCACACAGGCACUCGCACUUAUCGAAUUGUUCAAUGCACCACCCGGUCGCUACAAGUCCGACGUAUACUUGCUGCCAAAGAAAAUGGACGAGUAUGUGGCCAGCUUGCACUUGCCCACUUUCGAUGCACAUCUAACAGAGUUAAGCGACGAGCAGGCUAAAUAUAUGGGUCUCAACAAAGCCGGGCCAUUCAAGCCCAACUACUAUAGAUACUAGAAGAAAAUGUUGAAGCUAAGAACACGGGGGAAAAGCGCUGUGCAAUUAACGGGAUGGAUUAUGGUGAUAACGAAAAAUAGUUGGAGGGCGCGCGCAAACUGCCAACGAAAGUAUUCUAAUUUGAAAGUAUUUCAGCUGAUGUUAAAGUUAAUGCUGAAGCUGUGAGCUUAAGUACUAUAAAUGGAUAAGAUUGAACUAAAACAAAAAAAGAAAGAAUUGAAUGCAGCACUUAUAAGCAACUAACACAAAUAUACUGGCAAAAACAACAACACCGCAAAACAAUAAUUACGAGUAUACAAUAAUAAAUAAGAGCAAAGUAAAAAAAUCGAGUUGCAAGCAUUUAGUUUGCACACACACAUACAGACACAUUCACAUGUGCAUACAUGCAGUUUAUAAGGCUUUGUAGGAAAUUCCAAACGAAUCCCAAUGUAAAAACAGCUAAAACAUGAACUUUAGUUAGUAGUAAUAACUUUACCUCCUCAUGGAGGUGAAAGAAACACUUGCCUAUAAAAUGAUGUAAUAAAACAUCAAUAUAAAAUAGAAAUAGCAUUAUCACGUCGCCACAGAUGACAAUGAGCUUCAUGACAACCAAUUCAAAAUAAUUCAACAACACUAACAAAUAGUAAAUAUGUAUAAGCAAAGUUGUACUAAAAACUCGAAAUCG